AUGGUCGCAACAGAGAACAUCUUCGAAAUUCGGCUCUCCGAGUAUCAGCGCUUGCGAGAUACUGAAGAUGGCACACGACUCGCCAUUUCGGAUGUCUUCUCUGAAACGUCUCAUCGUGCAUUUCCUGCUACACUAUCAGGCAGUGUAGAGAGACUGGUCCAGAAUGUGAAUAAGGAGCCAGCUGCGAACAGAUCUCAGAGCAAUAUCACCAAGGCAUUCACAUCGACGCGCGAUCAGGCAACUCAGCCUUCGUUCAUCGGGACACCAAAGCUCAAAGGAGACCAUAUGAGCUUGCUCACCGACUUCGACUAUACGGAUGUAGCAAUUCAACUGCAGCCACUGACGAGGUACGUACGCGUACAGAGUUCAAAUCUGUUCGACCUCACCAAGCCACAUCCCCUCAACAACGGUGCAUUAGACAUGUUCCUGGAGCGGGUCAGGGACUACGAACCCAUGACUGGGGAUGAGCUGCGAGACUUCGUCAUGAAAACACAGCAACAGUAUUGCAGACUGCGCAACCAGGAGUCAGAGUCUGCGCGUCUCCAGAUCGUGCUCGCCGGAAUCACGAACUUGCAGUCCAUCCACAAGACGUACUACAGCCCUCUGGGUAAAGAGGUCCGCGAUCCAGCAAUCUUGAUUCACGGCAUACAGAUCAACGGCGAGUGGCAGAAUUUGAGUGACUACAAAGACCUGACCCCCAGCGGACCACAAUCGGCGCGCCUCUUUACGCUGGCAAAUUUGUAUUCGAAUCCGAUCAUCUUCCUCGACAUAGAUGAUGACGGCAAAAGCUUUCUGGAAAACGCAGAGCUAGAGGCGCAGAAGCUCGCGAAUGACGAUUGGCUUCGCAGAGCCACGAAUGGCCUCGUAUUUACUCCAUCUCCGAAGUCUGGGCUGCCAAACGACGAGCGGUUUUGGUUCAAAGUGCCAGGCGCGAUUCCAAUGCUGCCAUCGUGGGCUGGAAUGGCAACUUCACCCAGGGCAACGAGAAAAGCUGCAGAAGAAGCUCGGCAAGAUGGACUCCGACGAGAAGCACAAGCUUUCGCGGAUAAGCUAUGCACGGAGGAGACAUUCGAACGGGCUUGGAACGUGGUCACGAGGAACAUGCGGUGCGAUGAAGUCUUCCCUAAGGAAAACAUUCGGCAGUAUAUGGCUGCCGUAUGGCAGAUUGAGCACAUUGUUGCUGAUGAGGAGGAAUGGGUUGCUGUGGAUCGCACGAAAGUACAGCCUCGCAUUGAUCGAAGGGCAAGGGCUUGGAUUAUGGCAAAGUUGGAACGUCCCGAUAUAACAGGGAGUCUUGAUGGCAACGAUGGCUGGGUUGAUGUUGGAGACGAUGACACGGCUUUAGAGCUUACUCUAGCAGUCAGAGAGUAA